CGAACGAUCGUCGCUCCGUGCGGGAGGACGCGUGCGCGAGUGCCGCUGUGUGAUCACGUGAGAGCAGUGCGGAGCAGUUCGAUACGUUGGUUCGGUGGUGACUAACUCGCGUCCGUGCGUCGCGCAUCGUGGUGUCGUAUCUCCGGGCCGCCCUUAAAUAGUGUACAGUGAAAAUAUAUCGUAAUAAUCCACCAGCGGAGCGGAUCGCGGGUUCAGUGACGUACCGAGGGAUAAUGUACAGGCGUGUCGGCGUGCGGGCCGCGGUCGAAGUUCCACGGAGAGACACGAAAGCCACCGACGGGCGCCAACACGCGUGACAGGCCUGGGAGAGGCUCAAGGAAGAAGCCACCUCCGCCACAAUCGCCGGACAGCGCGGAAGAGGAGGAGGAGGAGGAGGAGGUGGAGGAGGAGGAGGAGGAGGUGGUGGUGGGAGGAAGGCGCGACGGAGUCCGUAGUGUGGAAGUAGAGUAGACAUGUUGUCAGUCUUCCCGGCAACAACGACGGGGACGAUGAGGGUGGCGCGGUUGAUAUCGCGACCGCGUCGACGAUGUUGGUGUCGCCUGUCGCUACCGCUGAUCCUGAUCCUCAUGUUAUCACUAUCGUUGCCGAUAACGCGCUCGUUACCGGCCGAUAUAGUACAGAAAUUCCACGAUCCAGAAGUGGAACGCAUGAACCACCUGGUAGUGGACAAGAACACAGGCCGGGUGUACGUAGGCGCAGUUAAUCGUCUUUAUCAGCUGUCACCGGACUUGCUGCUGGUCGUAAAGGAGGUCACCGGACCGAAGGGCGAUUCCACAGCGUGCUCGAUGCUAGACUGCCCCCGUGAGGCGCAAAAGCGGCCAGUCGACAACGUAAACAAGGCCCUGGUGAUCGAUUACACCACUACGCGGCUCAUCUCCUGCGGCAGCCUAUUUCAAGGCAUGUGCACGGUGCGCAAUCUGCACAACAUAUCGGAUGUGGUGCAGGAAGUGAAGGAAGCAGUGGUGGCAAACAAUGCCACCGCGUCAACGGUCGCGUUUAUUGCACCUGGUCCGCCAAAUCCACCGGUCUCUCAAGUCAUGUACGUCGGAGUGACCUUCACGGGCAAUUCACCCUAUCGCUCGGAAGUGCCGGCCGUGAGCUCGCGUUCCCUCGACAAAGACAAGAUGUUGAACAUCGCAGAAGCAGCAGUGACAACCGGUACGCGAAUGUACGUUAACUCUCUGUCGCGUGAACGUUAUCCUAUUAACUACAUCUACGGAUUCAGCAGCGGUGGAUUUAGUUAUUUCCUUACUACACAAAUGAAAAAUACGGAGACGCCGAUCUAUCUGUCAAAAUUGGUCCGUGUGUGCCAAGAUGACGAGCAUUAUUAUUCGUAUACGGAGAUACCGAUUAAUUGCACUAGUGACGAGCGUAUCUACAAUCUGGUGCAAGCCGCCUACGUCGGCAAGGCCGGUUCGGUACUCGCCGGCGACCUGGGCAUCACCGCUCAGGACGACGUGCUCUUCGCUGUGUUCGCCGAGAGCGACGGGCCCAACAGUGACGUGCCGCGACCGCACUCAGCUUUGUGCGUGUACUCGCUCAAGGCGAUCCGCCGCAAGUUCAUGAGCAACAUACAGAGAUGUUUCAGUGGCGAAGGACAGCGGGGCCUGGAAUUCAUCUCGCCGAGCCACAAAUGCAUAUCAACG